AUGCUCUCUCUCUCUCUCUCUUCCUCUCCAAUUAUUUCUCUCCCGAGCUUCUGAAGCAACAUCUUUUGAAGGAUUCUUUAGAGCUUGACUUUACAAGAGGGCAUGCCAUGGCAAAGUUGUGUUUUUGUUGUUAUGUGAGUGUUUGUGAUUUGUGAAGAUCGCUAGGCAGGUAUGAGAGAUUUCAUUCUUGCUUUUGAAUACUUAGCUGAGGGAUUCUGUUGGUAUUUAUUUGAGGCUUUUGACUUUAUAGCAGAUGAAUUACUGGCAUUUUAUUUGGUUAUUGCCUCUUUGGUUGAGGGAUUUAUUGGGUUCUUCUUUUGCCAAAUCCUGAUUGCAUAGAUUCUUCAGCACCCGACCUUCUACAUUGAAAAGGGAAUAAUAGAAAAGGUAUUGCAGAGCCCUAUAUUAACAGUUUUAAUUAAUCUCAGGCUUUUAUGGUGAUGAGAGCGCUUGGUGUGUGGUAAAGUCAAGUGGGUGUUGACGAUCUGGAACCUGGAAAGAAAGAAACAAGGAUAAUACAGAGUGUAUUUUAUCAUUCUAAGCUAGUUUUUCAAGUGGAAUUGGCUGCAGAGUAAAGUUGAGGGAGUUUUUAUCACCAUUGUAAUGGAAACGAUUCAGAAUACAGUUUAUUACUGUUGCGUUCAAAGGAGUAACAGGAUUUUGUACACGUAUAGUGGCGGAGCCCAUGAAAUUGAAAAUUUGGCUGCUUUGUGCUUGGAAAGGGCUCCCCCAUUCCACAAGUGGUAUUUUCAGACAAUGCAUAAAAGGACUUUUGGGUUUUUGAUGGAAGAUGGUUAUGUUUAUUUCACAAUUGUUGAUGAGGGUCUGGGUAACUCAGGUGUUCUUCAGUUCCUGGAGCAUGUGAGAGAUGAAUUUAAGGUGGUGGCUAGAAAAGGUUCUAGGGGAAGUUUCUCAAGUAUUAACUCAAUUGGCAUGCAAGAACAGUUAGUGCCUGUCAUUCGCCGCUUGAUCACCUCGCUGGAGAAUGUUUCUCAAAGCAGGAGUGAUUGGACAGCUGAAACACCUUCAUCACUUCAUGCAGGUCUGUCUCCAUCGCCAAGUAAUGCAAAUGGACAAAUUGAAGCUGCGAGUUCUACAAAAGCCCCUUUGUUGGGAAAAUCUAGCAAGCAAGAGAAAAAGAAGGCUAAGGAUCAUGUGAUUGGAAUGAGAGACAUUGAGUUGGACGAGCACCGAAGAUCUACAGAUAGAGGAGUCAAGGCUGAUUUGGAAACUCUGGAUUCUAAUAACCAAGGUGGAGUAAGUUCCUCGGUCUCAUUACAGAAGGAUUUAGGCUCACUGAGGGUCAGACCAGGCUCUCAAAGUAUUCGUAAGAAGUGGUGUCGCCAAGUACGGAUUGUUCUUGCCAUUGAUGCAGCUAUCUGUGUAAUACUGUUCGUGAUCUGGUUAUUGAUCUGUCGUGGUAUUUCAUGCCUUCAUUGAAAGAUUUGUCAUUUCUGUGAGACUUUAGAACUAAAGUACGGUUCCAAAUGUAAGCUGGAAUCAUGACUUGGAAGAUUCCAAUCCAAAUUCUUUAAAGAAUAGGUUCUGCAGGGAAUGAAUGAGUGAAAGCUACGGACCAAUUUGUCCAUGAGAUUUAAUAUAUAUCUGAAGGUAUGCCCCUUAAAACUAAAAUUCAAUGGGAUCAGAUCUAGGAAACACACUGUAUAGUGUCAUUGCUUUUGCAUGUGUAUAUCAAAUAUCCAUAAGAUUUUCAAGUUCUUGGUUCUGAGUGAUUCUAUAUUCUGAUUGCCGAUAUAAGAGAUGUUUUGUAAUCUCAGAAUUUGCUUGUCA